AUGUCUCAACAACAGGAACUGGAGGAAAUUCAUUCUUCAGACAAACUGAAAAAGAGGAUGACCUAUAAACUUCAUCCAACGUACAUGGUGAUUCGAACACAUACAAUUAAUCAAUCGGAUGAUCCAGAUCAACCUCUCAUUCCAAAAUGGAGUGUACCUUUUGAAUAUCGUACCCCUGAUAUGAAAACUGUGCAUCUGGCCUCUCGGAAUUGUUUCUUUGAUAGAAGACAUGCGUUGGACUCACAAGAAGGACAAUCUGCUUUAGAAAGGCACAUUCAAGUUGAGGAAGAAAGGAAUCAAACUCUUUUUCAAAACCCAUAUUUAUUGUUUAGAGUACCUGGAACAGAUCGAGUGUUAUUUAUUACAUGUAUUGUGUUAUUGUUAUUGCAAUUUGGAUUAGCUUGUGGUUUGAUGGUUUUUGAUUUGUCUGGCCUUCUUUUCCCAGAGGGUUAUGAAUUUAGAAUGUUCGGAAUUUCAAGUAGAAAAUUAUUAGAUUACGGAAAUGUAGCUUUGAAUGCUUCAGGAUCUACAGCUGCCAGAGUUGUGUAUUUUAUUAUGAAUUUUGCAGUGACGUUUUUGGGAGUCUUGUGUUUCAUUAUUGUGAUGUUAUCCAACAAAAAGCUACAACAACAAUCUAAUUCUAACAAUACCACUAACGACACUUCACGACAAAGAUUUUUGAUCAAGUAUAGAGAUUGGAUAUUACGAUUAUUUGCUUUCUAUAUCGUGUCUCUGACGUUAUGCAUAUUGGUAACAGCUUUAUUCUUUUUGAGCUCUGGAUUGCAUUCUUUUGUAGUAUUGGCUGUUCAAUACAUAGCUUGGAGUUGUAGUCAUAAGGCCAAAGAACGAUCCAUGAUUACCUAUUACACCACCAGUUCCUUUUAA